AUGAACGUGUUCCUCUUAAGCGACCCUGAAAUCAUAAAACAAAUAGGUGCUGAGAUCCUACAGUGCUUUGCCACCAAUGAUAGCCCUGGAAUGAAGGCAAAUACUACAUGGGCGGCCCACAAAGCAGUAAUACGGGGUGCACUCAUUCGCCAGUCAACUAGGAAGAAAAAACAAAAAUCCCAAACUUUAGAACGACUUCUCUCAGAAUUACGGACAUUAGAACAGGCACACCAAUUUCACCCAGACGGGAAGAUUUUUCGACAUCUCGACACAGUGAGACACUCUAUCCAAGCCCUGUUACUGGACGACACAGCCAAAGCCAUGACUUAUUCUAGACGGACUUUCUACUAG